AUGGAUCAUCGCAAAGUUGCACCAAUGGAAAUGUAUUCCGUUGCUCGGCAUCAGUUGGAAUUUUAUAAGAGUGUUCUUUGUUAUCUCCGAUUUCAUAUGCCAUCCUUCUCUCUUUCACAAUGGCAAACUCGCAUCGAACAAGCUAUACGUUCGACAAUCACCUCCCAUCCACGUUUACGUCUUCAAGUUGACCUUGCACGAAAAGAGCCCUUUUAUAUCGUUCUACCGAUGGAUGUUUUCGAUGUAUUGCCACUGAGAAUUCUUGAGAGAACGCAUGACGAUGAAGAUAGAGAAUUCUUAGAAAACGUCGUAUCUGAUGAAUGUAAUACUGGUUUCCCAUUUAAUUCAACUUCACCUUUGUGGCGUGUUGUGCUGAUCGUCCCGUCUCAUGGGAAUACGGUGGAUUUGAUUUGGACGUUCAGUCAUGCACUGGCCGAUGGAAUAUCAGGAAUGGCUUUUUUCACGAGUUUUGUUCGGUGUCUAGCAGAAAAACCUACUGUCGCCUUUUCUCUCGAUAACGAUCAACCGACGCAUGAAUUGAUACCAUACAAAUUACCUCCAUUGUCUUCAUUGAUUAUGAAAAUCAUGGAAAAUCUGAUUUUGCCAGGUUUUCUCAAGCAAUAUUUGUUUCCACAGACUUUUUGGGCUGGUAAUAUUCAAUUAACUGGUGAUGAGCGGAAUCGAACACAGCAAGUGUCAUUUCAAAUACCUGGUGAUUUACUUGAUUCGUUGCAUAAAAAAUGCCGAUCGAAACAAACGACAGUUCAUGCCGCUCUCUUGGCUUCUUUUAUUCUAGCCGUAACUGAUGUGUUUGGCAAGAAAAAUAUGGAAUUCUCUUGUGGUUCUGCAGUAAAUAUGCGACGUUUUUGUCAACCAGUGGUUUCCAACGAACAACUCGGUAUCUUUGUUUCUGGCGCACAUAGUUAUCAUUACAUUCCUUAUGAUGAACAUCUAUUCGAUCUCUUUUGGCCAUUAGCUUGUCAGAUCAAAGAACAAAUUACUCAAGAAAUCGAAAAUGUAAUUAUUCCUUUCGUUCACACAUUGAAAUUUGUCUCCGAUUGGAAAGAAAUGCUUAUUAAACACCGAAAGACCUCUCUAAAUGGUUAUCGUAGUAGCGUGGAAAUUUCAAAUUUACUCCGUUGGACAUUCGAAACAACCGAUCCAACAUGGAAAGUCCUCUCCGGCGGUUUCGCUCAAUCUGCAAAUCUCGUUGGUGGCACAUUUGUUAUCAGUGCAGUGACCGUCAAUGACAUUUUAGAAGUAAUUGUGGGCUUUCAAGAGCACACGUUUAAUGAUGUUGACCAAGUGAAACUGAUGAAGAAUCGAAUGAAGACGACUCUAGUCGAUGCUAUCUCCCUAUAG